AUGGCACCGAAACCAAAACCGUACCGCCCUCUUAAAAAGAGGAAGACGCCAGCCACUGACUUACAGGCAGAUUUCCGAAAGCAGGAGGAGCAGGAUGUGAAGGAAAUGGAGCAAGUACGUCCAGCAAAUGCCCAACCACCUUCAAACUCCGGAGCACAUGAAAUCGAUCAUGGCAACUUUGACAAUAAUCAAAUUGAUGAUAGAAAUGUAUAUGAUCCUGGACACAGACCUGAUGAUGGCGAGUGGGAAGAUAUCCAAGUCGAAGUUGAAGAAGUCAAUAAUCAGCUGUCAGAAGAACAUCGACAAAUCAUUGCAGCACUCAACUCAAAUCUGUAUCAAAGCAAAAGGCUAGCAUAUCAAGCCAAAUGGGCCAGUGCGGUUGAGGCGAUGGUUGAUGUGUAUAUCAUAGCCCAAAAAAAAACUGGAAAUUGGGGAAACGGGGUACUUUGGAAACAUGAUCAUAAAAUACCAUGUCGGUGUGCAGUUUCCUCACGCGUAGUCACCUUAGUGGACAUUCACAUGUCCGGAGUGCUCUCCUGGACCAACAAUGUAGAGAAGAGGCUGGCCAAAUCGUCAUCAAUGCUGUCUGAUUUGGCCAAAUUGGAUCCUAAGUAUACCACGAAUUAUUUUGAACAACAAUGGGCGAGGAAGCGACAUAUUCAGAGAAAUGUCAUCAAUGCCACCACACGUAGACUCAAAGAACGCAUGGGUGUUCUAUUGGAUCUUGAGGAAGACUUAAUUGAGGCACGUGAUACUCUGGAUCUUUUGGAAGCAGGUACCGCCCCUCUACGUACCCAAGAGCAGCAGCACGAGCUGCUGGACUUGCCCAGAACUCUGACAUCACUGGAGAACAAGAUACAAAAUGUAGCUAAUGAGUUGGGCUCCCAACAGUUUCGAGAACUGACUGGAAUGACUGAUGAUCGAGCUAAACCUAGGAUGUUGCUCCAAAUAGCCAAAUCAAAGAUGUACGGCACAAAGGUUGAUUGCAUUGAAAUGCAAUGUCGAGCUGACGGCACGACCGGUGACGAUCCAGUGACAAUCUCACUUCAAUUGGGCAUGGCCAAACGGGCAUGCAAACUUUGGAUAUCAUGGAAAUGGGGCAUUGAAGAUGUGAUGUCUCGAACAGCACCCUAUCUUCAGCUUCCAGACGCUUUCGAUCGUGACUUGUUAUCGAAUUGGCAUAAUUUGGUCAAUUCAUGCCCAGCCCAUUGGUCUGAGAUGAUUGGAACUCCUAAUGAGAUGGAUGAUGAUGAUGAUGGGGACGAGGGGUUAUUGGAUAUAUACCUCCUUGAAGAUCUUGUUGGAAAUCUCCAGAUUGUAUCAUAA